UAUUGCUGAGGAUACAACUCCACACUGCGAUGAUACACGGAUACGCUUGAACUUGACAACCUUAUCUAGUGCUUUUAGCACACGGUUGCUCAUUAUAGCCUCUUUUGAUUACUGUCUUCACAAGACAACCGAUAUUAUUGCUUUUACUUGUUGAAUGCACUAAACAUUCAACGAUUUAACACAUCGGAAACGUCUUUUUGUUACCUUGACUUGGAUAUAAAUCAAUUAGCAAACAUGGUUGCCAUGACCAAGAGAGUGAAGACCUUUGAAGUCAUCUUCAGCGACCCUAGCAAGGCUUUCUACAGCGGUGGGGACAAAGUAGCCGGGAGGAUCGUGGUUGAGGUGAACGAAGUAACAAGAGUUUCGGCUAUGAAAGUCUGCGGAGUCGGAAGCGCAAAAGUGGAAUAUGCCAAAGGAAAGCAGAGAUGCCGAGAGGAAAUUGAUUACCUGAAGUAUGAAGAAGUGGUUCAUCUUGAUGACCAGCCAGCUGAUACUGAUGGAUCAGUUAUCCUGAGACCUGGGAACAAGUACGAGUACAUGUUUGGCUUCGAGCUUCCUCAGCAAGGGCAAAUUGUGUCCUCCUACAAGGGCAAGUUUGGCUUUGUGCAGUACUACGUCAAGGCAGUGAUGGAGAGGCCCGCUCAGCCUCCUCAGGAGUGCAGGAAGAGCUUUGAGGUGGAGGAGCCUCUGGACGUCAACACUCCUGACUUGCUGUCCCCCACUGGCGGCAUGAAGGAGAAGAAGGUUACCUGCAUGUUCAUCCCCGACGGCCAGGUGUCCCUGAACGCCAAAAUCGACAGGCGCGGCUACUGCAUGGGCGAGGACAUCAGCAUCAACGCCAAGUUCGAGAACACCUGCUCGCGCAUCGUGGUGCCCAAGGCAGCUAUCGUGGCCAAGCAGACCUACCAGGCCAACGGCCGCACCAAACUCUUCCGCCAGAAGCUCUCGUCCGUCCGCGGCAACCACAUCAUCUCGGGCAUGUGCGACGCAUGGCAGGGCAAGACCAUCCGCGUGCCCAAGAUCAAGCCCUCCAUGUUGGGGUGUAACAUCAUCCGCGUGGAGUAUGCUCUCAUGAUCUACAUGCACAUCCCCGGCAGUGAGAAGCUGAUCCUUGAGCUGCCCCUGGUCAUUGGCACCGUGCCCUACAACGGCUUCGGCAGCCGCACCAACAGCAUGAGCAGCCAGGACGGCUCGGUGAGCAACGCCUCCAACAGCUGGGUGUCGCUGCGUAUGCCAUCCAGCGCGCCCCCCAGCUACUGCGACGUGACGCGCGACGUUCGCCUGGACCAGCCGCUCACGCCCCUGCUGGACGACUACGAUGACGGCGAAAGCCCGAUCUUCAUGAACACGCCCCAGUUCACCUUCCCCCCACCUGCCUACACAGAGGUGGAUGAGGAGUUCAAUGGCAACAUGCGUAUGCUGCAAGUCUGCUGAACUUUCUUCUACAACCCCCCACUGGAUUUGUGGUGGGGGUCGCUUUCCACUCAUGGCACUUGAACUAGUUCACCAGAACGAACUCAGGAAAGAAAUAGGCUCAGACAGCCCAUUUUUGAGGCCUUUGGAAAAGAACUGUUGGUGGUGUGAUUUUCGUGGUCACCAGGGUCCAGGAGACCAGUCGAGAAGGGGAACAAGAAAGUUUUUUUUCGCAGAAAGAAAAAAGGAAGUUGGUGCUACCCUGUGCCUGCACUGUCAGCAAUCAUAGUUAUUACUUUCGCAACGCCACCUGAGCUGAACUCUCUAGCACUCUCCCAUUUCCAACCUUAUGUUGCUGUUAAGGUUCCAGUGCUUGAACGGAGGCCCUGCAACAGUCGAGCGGGGCGCUGAAGUUCGCUGUUCUUACGCUGCUACCCCUGUGAACUUUCAGAAUUUGGGUGAAUCCAAAUGUACUGCUGAGAAUCGGAAGCAUGUCUUGUCUGUAAUAGUGCUAGUUAUCGAUGACAUCGACACUCCAUGACUUUCUCUUCAUUUGGGACUCGUGUCCGUCCUUCAUAACCUUUGUUGUCAUUCCAUUUUAAUAUCAUGGGGCAUUUCAUUUUGAGGAACCAUCUUAGCACCUCCUUUGUUCAGUUCUGUUGUAUUUUAUCGAUCACUUAAGUGUGUUUUUGGAACAUUGGUUGCAAUUAUGACAUAUACUCCAUAAGGUGAUGUGAGUCCCCUGCCUAUAAUGAAGGGGAAGAAAAUGCAGAAUUUAGACCACAUAAUAUGGCAAACCAGUGUUGUCUUUGAUAAGCUCUUAUUUUCCUUCAUGAUCUUGAUGCACUUUUUUUGUAAUGUCUCCCCGUCUUCCAUUUUAUGUCUUUCCAUACACUGUAUGCGUAGAUUAGUCAAACAAGCAAAGAGCACAUCGUUGUGAUCUACCCCAUGACCUCUCACUGUAUGGUGGGCAGAAACCUCUUAUUUGUAAGGGCUAAAACAAGUGGUUGUAUCUGGUUCUGAGUAAGGGCUUGAAUCACUAGGCCAAAAGAAACGUGUUGACACUACAGAGUGCCAAAGCAGGAUGUCUAGUGGUGGUGCACUUAGUGAUAAAUUAGGAAUGGCACCCCCACACAAAAAAAGUAUCUUGUGGGAAAAACAAAUGUAUCAUUUCACUCAGGAAUCAUCAUUAUAUUUUGAUGGUAAAUGUCAAGUUUAUUUACUUGUGCUAUGUUUUCUUCAAACUUAACUGCUUGAAAAGCUUCAAAGACUGAUCUGUGAAAUGCACAUGUUUUUGUACAUACAUGUCUUGGAAAGUGUUUUUGUAUUUGAGACCCUAUGGGUUAGUUUUAUAUAAAAAAUAAAUACAAGUUUCAAAUGCA